UAGAAAAAGGAAAUUACAGGAAGUGCGGGGGAGCAGUCUUCCUAAAUCUACUAAGCUCGCAUUAUAUCUCAAGGCGGCCCACCCCUCAAAUCCGUCACCUACAAAGCGUUCAGCUUCCAAGACCAUCUGAGCCAAGACCUCCAUGCAGGCCCGCUCCACAUCCAGUCCGGUCACAAGACCCGUCUGCCAAGUCCAAGCCGCAACCUCGCGUCAUACUCCAAACCAGUCUUCUUUCAACCAUUCUCAAUCCCGGUCAGUAGUCCAAGCAUAUCGUGGGCCACAUUCCGGUCCACAACCAGCCUCCUCCGGCCUACAACGAGCGAAGCUUGACAGCACCCCAGACACGACCCAUAAAGCUCUCUCAAUGGUCCCAUUACAAAAAUAAAGGAGGACCGCCUCCACAAAGCUUCAAACCCUCGUCCAGCCAAGCAAAAGGUGAUCAUCACCACCAUGCUACGUUCCACCUCCGUGCGACAUUAUCAUCGCGAGAACGUUUCCACUUGAAACGAAAGCCCGAUCAUGCAUCGGCACGAAGACCACACCCGACCUCCGUCUCCCACAGGCGGUACGUCGACACAAGAGAAGUAUGGUCCUGUGUAUCAUGUCGUCCAGGCUAAACUCUCAAUUUGUUCAAAGACUCCAAAGCGCUUCCCGCAAAGUCAUAAAAUAAACGCCUCUCGAUAGGCUAAAAGAAGACAUGCCUCCCAGUAGGCUGAAAGACAGAAUGCCUCUCGACAGACAAAGAAGAAACGCCUCCUGAUAGGCUAAAAGAAGACACGCCUCUCGUUAGGCUGAAAGAAAGAAACGCCUCCCGGUAGGCCGAAAAGAAGACAUGCCACCUAGUAAACUAGAAGAAGACACUCGCACAUCGCACACAUCUAGCCUAACUCGCCUCCAAGAAGACUUGACUUCAGUAAACCUGUCUCACUGGGCGCACCUCAGACCAGGUGCGACCCAAUAUUUGUGUCAGGAAUCGCAACCUCCUCCGCAAACGCGGUCUCACAUACAAUCGCGGCCCGCCGAGCCAACGGAGCCCACGUAGAGGCCCAUUGCGCGGGCACAACAAAACCUUCUCCAAGUCAAUAACGUGGACCCCCUCCAUCCUGCCUGCUCAGCAACAAGCCUUCCAGUACAAAAAAGAAGCGCCUAUACCAGGAGUCGGAUACGAGUUCUAACUCGAUAAGAUGAAAGACGCUCACCAGUAUGCUACAAUGCGGUCUUGUACAUAUGAUCUGUAGCGCUCAGGGUUUGACUCUUACCUUUCCUCCAGGCAAGGCUCGAAAAUCGCCUCCAAGCGAUGCGCCCUUCGGGGAAUGAUUUUUUGCCUAUGAGCGACCCUCCCUACGAGCACGAUUCACGCCUUCCACCUCCAGGCAAGGCUCGAAAUCGCCUCCAAGCAUGCGCCCUUCGGGGAAUGUUCCGCCUCACAAUGACACUCUCAUCGAGUAUAUUUCGCCUCUGUGUGAUACUCCCCUCACGGGAAUGCUUCUUCCACUAAGGCUGAAGGAGAAACGCCUCCCGACAGGCCCUAAGGAAAAAUGCCUUCCAACAGGCUCACAUAUCUCCCAACAAGCUCGAAGAGGAGACGCCUUCCGAGAAGCUUGAAAGGAUAACAUAAUAGUCUUUGCGCGCCAAACCGCGCCAUGGACACCAUAGCAUCACUGAUGUACCCUCAAACCAAUGGCCAGGCUGAAGCAUCCAACAAGCUCAUCCUCCAAUGACUGAACAAGCGUCUCUGGGACGAUAAAGGGGCAGGGAUAACUGAGCUCCCACACGUCCUAUGGUCGCAUCACACGACCUACAAGACGUCCACGGGAGAUACCCCAUUCGCUCUGACAUACGGCACCAGAACGGUCACCCCAGAAGAGGUGAACUUACCCUCCCUCCAUGUUCAAACAUGCAACUCGGAGGACAACCACAAGAAGCUACUAGAGCAACUGGACAUGGUAGAAUCGCGACCUAACACGACCAUGGAACGAAUCGUAAGCGGAAAAGCGAAAGCAAUCACCACCUACAACAAAAAGGUAAAACCGCGACAAGCUUGACGCAGAAGGCCCAUCCCUCAUCAAAGACAAAACAGGUCCCCGCACCUUUUUCCUAGCAACCAUGGAAGGCGCCCCUGUCUCCAAAAACAUGGAAUGGCAUGCGCCUGAGAAAGUACUACCCAGACGCAGUCUAAAGUAUAUCAUGUCCGCCCAAGAAGCUAAAGACUAACACGCUUCUUCGAAGCCAAAAGACUAUGAGGAUAUCCCGCCUCCUGAAGAUGCUCCCAUCGAGCGCUCUCUUCACGAAAAUGUCAAGUCGACGGGCGAUAUUCCCACCAUGGGAAUGUUCCACCUUCUAGUGGUGCUCCCUUCGUAGGAAUGCUUCUUCCACGAAGCUAAAGCCCAAUCUCACAUCUCACAAGCGGGUCAUCGUCAUGGAGACGCCUCCCGACAAGCUCGAAGGAGAAACGCCUUCCGACAGGCCCAAACGCCUCCUGAUAGGCUUGAGGAGAAACGCCUUCCGACAGGCCUAAAGGAAAAAUGCCUUCCGACAUGCUCUCACACCUCCCGACAUGCUCAAAGGAGAAACACCUUUCGAGAGGUUUAAAAGAAAAACGCGAGAUGCGUCAAACGACCGUUCAAGCAAGUAACACUCUCCACCACCCAAUAGACCGGGAAGGAGAAACUCCUCCCGAUAAAAGCCAAGAAAGCAC